UCCCGAUUUGGCCAAUGAAAAUGUAACCUCGCCCUGGAAAUUUUUUAUUCUCCAAUAGAGCUGAAGGCUUACUUGACGGACAGACGAAAAACCUAUAGAAAUCCAGAAGGUCGAAGAUCUUGAGCAAAUACAGAUAGGGAACGAGGCGGGCAAAUCGGGGAAUAUUUCCUGAUCGUGUCGUGAAUGGAGCCGUAUCCGGAUUCAGAGUAAAUAGUCUAAGGGGAAUAAGAGCCCCCUUUCUACGAGCUGCACCGUCGUCACUAUGGAGACUCUUAUCCCUGUGAUCAAUAAGCUGCAAGAGAUUUUCAACACCGUGGGAGCCGAAAUUAUACAGCUGCCCCAAAUCGUGGUAGUUGGCUCUCAGAGUAGUGGGAAGAGCUCAGUGCUAGAGAGCAUUGUUGGUCGGGAUUUCUUGCCACGUGGCUCUGGAAUUGUCACACGGCGGCCCCUGGUCUUGCAGCUGGUCCAUGUACCAACCCUGGAGGAGAGGAGGCGGAAAGCUACUGGAGAAAGUGUUGCCCAGACAGAGGAAUGGGCCACUUUCCUGCACUGCAAGCACAAGACUUUUAUGGAUUUCAUUGAGAUUCGGCAGGAAAUUGAGAUUGAAACCGAGCGGAUGACUGGGACCAAUAAGGGAAUCAGUCCAGAACCCCUGUACUUGAAGAUCUAUUCACCUCAUGUGCUUAACUUGACGCUGGUAGAUCUUCCAGGAAUCACCAAGGUGCCUAUUGGAGAUCAACCUCCUGAUAUUGAGAAUCAAGUCCGAGAUAUGAUCUUAUCCUACAUCUCCAACCCAAACUGCUUAAUCCUGGCUGUCACUGCUGCCAAUACUGACAUGGCCACAUCAGAAGCACUCAAACUAGCACGGGAUGUUGACCCUGAUGGGCGAAGGACACUGGCUGUGGUCACCAAACUAGAUCUGAUGGAUGCUGGGACUGAUGCCCUAGAUGUAUUGAUGGGCCGAGUUAUUCCUGUCAAGCUAGGCAUCAUUGGUGUGGUCAACAGGAGCCAACAUGAUAUCAACAGUAACAAGAGCAUCGGUGAAUCUCUGCAGGAUGAGCAAGGAUUCAUGCAAAAGAAAUACCCUUCACUUGCCAAUCGCAAUGGCACACGUCAUUUGGCCAAAACUCUUAACAGGCUGCUGAUGCACCAUAUCCGCGACUGCCUGCCUGAACUGAAGACGCGAGUGAACGUGCUCACAGCUCAGUACCAAUCAGUGCUACAGAGCUAUGGGCAGCCCAUUGAAGACAAGAAUGCCACUUUGCUUCAGAUCAUCACGAAGUUUGCCACCGAGUAUUGCAACACCAUUGAGGGUACAGCACGCAACAUUGAGACCUCUGAGUUGUGCGGUGGUGCCCGGAUGUGCUACAUUUUCCAUGAAACCUUUGGACGCACUCUGGAGUCCAUUGAUCCGCUGGCUGGACUUACAAUGCUGGAUAUUUUGACAGCCAUUAGAAAUGCCACAGGUCCCCGCCCAGCUCUUUUUGUUCCUGAAGUCUCUUUUGAGUUGCUGGUGAAACGUCAAAUAAAGCGAUUGGAGGAGCCAAGCCUUCGCUGUGUGGAGCUCGUGCAUGAGGAGUUGCAGCGCAUCAUCCAACACUGUACCACCUACAACACACAGGAGUUGCUGCGUUUUCCCAAGUUGCAUGAGGCCAUUGUGGAGGUGGUGACAGGAGUCCUUCGCCGGAGGCUGCCCAUCACCAAUGAGAUGGUGCAUAACCUGGUUGCCAUUGAGCUGGCCUACAUUAAUACCAAGCACCCUGACUUUAUAGACACAGCACUGGUCUCUGCCUCAGUGAGCAGUUCUAAGAGUGACACUGCUAUAGAUGGUACCUGGCGAUGGAAAAGUGAGAAAGUAGAAGAAUCUGGCAUUGAUGAUAGGCCUAAAGGAUCCUCCCACUCUUUGAUCUAUUCUAGCCCCAGCCGGUCCCAUGAAGUCAAUCUACUGGACACGCCCAUGCCAGCAACGCGGAAGUUAAGCCAGCGUGAACAACGAGACUGUGAGGUAAUCCGGAGGCUUAUUAAAUCCUACUUCCUCAUUGUGCGCAAAAGCAUCCAGGAUAGUGUACCCAAAACCGUGAUGCACUUCCUUGUGAACUACGUCAAGGACCAUCUCCAGAGUGAACUUGUGGGCCAACUGUAUAAGCCCCAGCUUCUAGACACACUCCUAACAGAGUCCGAGGACAUGGCACAGCAGCGUAAUGAGGCUGCCAAUAUGCUCAAGGCAUUACAGAAAGCCAGCCAAACAAUAUCAGAGAUCCGAGAGACUCAGCUCUGGUGAGAUGCAUUCAAAGCUUCAGAAGAUUCCAUGUUGCAAGAACGUUACUCACCCAGAACCGUGCAAGUGUUCAGCUCUUGACUCCCAUCUGAAUCUUUACCGUUUCCCAAAUGGGGAAAUCAUCCUCAGUGAUCAAGUUCUAGUUUAGAACAAGAGUGUGUCCCUAUUUUAACUGUGUUGAAGUGUCCGUGGUGCACGGAUAGCAUUUUGGAGCCGGCAUAUGGUGGCUCUCCCCUGCUACCUCAUCCGUCUUCCAUAUUUUUCCAGUUUUGCUAGAUUCACUGGUAUUAAAUUCCUGUUUUGAUUGUCAAGCUUGCAGCCUUGAGUACUUGCUGAGUUUGGCCAAUCUUUAUUUAUGGCAGAUUUAAUCUCACUCUAAAUUCUAUGUAUUUCCUGAACAUGGUGCAUUUGGUACAUGUAUUGAAAUGAAACCUCUUGUCUGUGUUUGCUUAACUGUUAGGAACACACUGCUCUGUAUUUGGCCUUGUAAAUGCCUUUUAUUCUCGUAAACUGCUGUACAAGUAAAAAGAGGAGCCUCUUGAUAGAUUAAAAAUGCCUGAGUAACCUUGAAUAAGAGAAGUGCUUGACUAGAGGGAUUCAUCUACUCUGGCCCAAACAAGGAGCUGAUAAUGCUGGAUCUCACUCUGGACUGUGCUUUCACAAAACAUUUUAUCCAGGAGUCAUGUGCAAUAGUGUCACUUGUGGGAGGAGCCUUCACCUGCUCCUGGAUGCUUGAGGGGUAGGGGUGGGAAUCUGAACAAUUCCCAAGUUUGCACGUAUCUGAGCCAAGCAGGGACCAGGGUUGGCCUGUAAAUUUUCAUGAAAUAAACAGUGGAAGAUUGCA